AUGGCAGACCUACCCUCCGACGUACUCGCACCCCGAAGAUCCCCCCGCACCAUCAACAAGCUUUGCAAUGGAGUUCAAAUGAAGACCCGGAAUGAAGAUGGAGACCUUGCCAUCCUGUCUUGCCGUGAUACCGGUCUCCUCCUGGCUCUGGCACAUUGCAGCGGCUGGUCUGCCGACCGCAUCAAGCUGAAGAUCAAGAAGGUUAGUGGCAUCGAAUUCAAGCCCGAAGACAUUUGGAGCUUUCACUGGCGUUGGGUCAUGGACCGAGGCAAUGGAGCUUUAUGUCGCAAGGAUAUUGAAGCCAUGUUGUGGGUGCUGAAGGAGUAUGGCAUCACUGUAUCGGAACGUGGCAACAAGCCUUUGCACACAACAGAGCAACCCAUUUCUGCGUCUUUCAGGAAGGUGUGGACACCGAAAUCCCAAGAUGUAUUGCCACUAUGCAAAGGCUUCAAUGAGUCAGCUCGGCGUCAAACCAAGGAUUACCUGCACAGCAAGCCACUUUCCUUCCUUGGCCAGUUUUCUCCAAUGGAAGAGGGGUUAACGAUGCAAUUCGGCACAACCAUUCAAAGGAUCAUGAGAGAAACAUUAGCAGAGUGGGCUGCAGCGAUACAAGUUAUCAUGAAAGAGACAGCUCCAUACAAAUCUUUGAAAGACCGAGAAUCUGUCAUUAUGAUCAUGGAGCACCUCUGUAAUUUCCACCAGAAGUACGAAGAAGUCUAUGGCUUAAUGGAGGAGACCACCACAUUCGGCAAGGUCAAAGGAAACGCAGUGCAUAUCCAAAGCACAGGCUACGGUGUCAAAGUCCUCUGCGGACUUCUGAUGGCUGAUCGUCUGCACGUCAUUGAUAAAAUCCGAAAGGAAGAGCGAGAGCGAGUUUGCUUCGAGCGGAUGGACAACUCCGACCUUCCUGCGGAUGGCAAGAAUUGCAAUAUUUGCCAAGACCCCCUUGAUACCGAGACACCAGAGGGAACCUCAGAGCAGGGCCUCAAGCUCAUCAUCUGCUGCCAACAGGUCAUCGGCGAGACUUGUCUAAAGGAAUGGCUCGCACGAUCCAGUCCGAGCAUCCGGAAGAAUUGCCCCAACUGCAGAUUCGACUUCCCGGUGUGCUUCCUGGUGAAACUGUUCGGCGAAGGAUACCAGAUGGAGGUGGAUUCCGAGGAAGGAGGAGAUGAUUUGGAGGAUACCAUUGUCGUUGAGCAGCCGAGGGAGGUCAUUAAUCUCCUCAGCCCGUCUCGGGAUCAGUCACCAGAGCCGCUGGGACCUGAGGCUUCGCGACUCGAGCGGUCACUGGCACCAUCGCCAGCUGUUGAGAUUCCCGAUCCGACGUUUAUUACAAGCCGGUCGCUGUCGCCGUCGCCGGCUCUAAUUGCUGCUGGUUACCGUCCUGCCGUCGGACCCCCUAGCAUGCUGGGAGCUGUGUUCUUGAACCCCGUCCAUACGCACAUUCCUCGGGGAGCGGACGGUACGCCGGAUUUUGGUAAUGCUUGGAAUUUUGGUGGUCCGCAGGUGGAGCGAGCGGAUGAUUUUAUGAUGGAGGGAUGAGUUGUCAUUGUGUUGCCGUGUCGUUAGGUCACCGGUUUGCCAGGUGCUGUGUCGCUGAGUUGAUGGGUAGGCGCCUGGGUUUGAUUGGCAAGCUUUGUUUCAUUGUACUUAGAUACCCCGGGUGAUUGCUGCGUUG